CUUCUUUCUUUUACCCAUUUUCUUAGUAAUUGUUUCAAGUUCUGGAUAUGGCCUCCAUGAACACUACUAGGGCUAUUGCUCUCUUUCUUUGUUUCAACGUUCUCUUUUUCACUUUUGCUAGUGCAUGUGGAGGCGGUUGUCCUCCAAAACCAAAGCCAAAGCCAAAGCCAAAGCCAGGCAAAUGCCCUAAGGAUGCACUAAAAUUAGGUGUAUGUGCAAAUGUCCUUAGCGGAUUGCUUAAUAUUACUAUUGGUAACCCUCCAAAGAAACCAUGCUGCACAUUGAUUCAAGGUCUUGCUGACCUCGAGGCUGCUGUUUGCCUUUGCACCGCGAUUAAAGCAAACAUUCUAGGUAUCAACCUUGACAUCCCACUUUCCCUAAGCCUGCUCCUUAACGUCUGCAGCAAGAAUGUCCCAAAGGGCUUCGUAUGUGCCUAGAGUGCGAAGAGGGCUUCCUGAAGACUGAAGUACUUUUGAACUUUUGUUUUCUUCUGUUCUUUUUUUUUCUCUUGAUUUCGAAAUUCUUGUUAUGUGUGAUACCAGAAAAGCAAUCUGGUGUGUAUAUUUACUUGGUAACUUCUUGUUUCCAUUUGUACUAAUAGUUGUGUUGUUUGA